ACGCAUCGAAAGAGUGAUAGAGAGCGCUGCACAGAGGGAGAAAGAGACGCGAGAGUAUAAAUACGAUGUGCCGAGGUUUAAUCGAGGCAACCCUCGUAGUAAAACAGUCCGAUCGUGUUACGUCUCCAAAAGAAUUUGACGAUGAAGUCAGUCGGUUCAAUUGGUUGGUGUUCCUUCGAAUUCGUCCUCCUUCUUUAUCUGUUCGUGUUUUUCGGAACGUUUACAACGACGGUCGAGUGCCAAGAGAUCUGGCCAUUCGGUCAACGCGAUACGUACCGCGAUCUUUACGGUAGACAAUACAGCUUGACCGAUGUUCCGAAGAACGCUGCGGGUAUCAUAACCGGCGGAAUAAACUUUUUGAUCCAAGGCCUAACCGCCCAAGAAGUGCCUGACACAAGUGCAAACAUAGUUUCCGGUUCUAGUUAUGAUUUCAUCGUAAUUGGUGCUGGAACUGCCGGAGCAGUUAUCGCUUCGAGGCUCAGUGAGAUUAGCCAAGUUUCGGUCCUCCUCGUCGAAGCUGGUAGCGACGAGAGCUUCCUCAUGGACGUACCGGCGCUGGCUAGCUUCUUGCAGUUCAACAGUGACAUUAAUUGGCAAUACAAAACAGAGCCAUCGAACGCGUAUUGUCUCGGGAUGCAAAAUCACCAGUGCAAGUGGCCUCGGGGCAAGGUGAUGGGAGGCAGCAGCGUGCUUAAUUACAUGAUCGCGACGAGGGGCAACAAAAAGGAUUACGACCGGUGGUCCCAGCUAGGAAAUUAUGGAUGGUCGUGGGAGGAGGUUUUGCCGUACUUCAAAAAGCUCGAAUCACUGGGAAUUCCAGAGUAUCAAAACGAUACUAAAUAUCACAACGUUCGGGGACCGAUGCACGUUGGAUACCCGCCGUUUCAGUCUCCAAUUGUCAAGGCUUUCGUCCAAGCGGGCAAAGAACUUGGUUGGGACGAAGUCGACUACAACGGGGAGCAACAGACCGGAUUUUCCUUUCUCCAGACCAACAUUAAGAACGGCAUGAGGAUGAGCAGCAACCAAGCUUAUCUGCGACCGAUCCGACGCCGUCCGAACCUCUUCGUUUCCAAGAGAAGCCUCGUCACCAAGAUCAUCAUCGAUGAGAAAGACAAGCGGGCCGUCGGCGUCGAGUUUUUUAAGGGGAACAAGCUCGUCAGAGUCUGGGCGAAGAAAGAAGUCAUUCUGAGUGCCGGAGCCAUCGGAUCACCCCAAAUAUUGAUGCUCUCUGGAAUCGGACCUGCCCAACACUUGCGGAGCUUCGGAAUCAAGGUCAUUAAGGACUCCGCGGUCGGAGAGAACCUUCAGGACCACAUAGCCCACGGGGGCCUGGUGUUCUUGCUCAAUCAACCGGUCAGCCUCUCCAUCAACGAUCUAACCAAUUUUGGAAUGCCGUACAUGCAAGACUUCCUCAUCAAUCGGAAAGGGCCCAUCGCGGUACCCGGUGCCGCCGAGGGAAUCGCUUUCGUCAACGUCGACGACCCGUCAGACCCCGAGGACUAUCCCAACAUCGAAUUCCUCUUCGUCAGCACCUCGGUCGGGACGACCCCUAUAUUCCGCAAAAAUUUGAACCUCGACGAUGACUUCUGGAAGCAAACUUUUUCCGACAUCGAUAGCCAGUACUCGUGGACCGUUUAUCCUAUGCUACUCAGACCUCGAAGUCGCGGCAAAAUUCUUCUCCGCGAUGCCGACGUCCGCACGCACCCCAGAAUCAUACCCAAUUACAUGAGCGACCCGGAGGACGUCAGGCUACUCAUCAAAGGUGCCAGGCUCGCGAUUCAGCUUGGUAAAACCAAGUCGAUGCAAAGGUUCGGCACACGAUUCCACGACACACCGAUGAGCGGAUGUGAAACCUUCAAAUACGACUCCGAUGAUUACUGGGAAUGCACCGUUCGCAGCCUGACCAUGAACAUUUAUCAUUACUCGGGGACCUGCAAAAUGGGGGCUGAAGGUGAUCCAGAUGCCGUGGUCAAUCCGAGACUCCAGGUUAUUGGAAUUCGAGGACUGAGAGUCGCGGAUGCCUCGAUUAUGCCAGAAAUUCCGACUGGACAUACCAACACUCCGACGCUUAUGAUCGCUGAAAAGUUGGCCGAUAUGGUUAAACAAGAUUGGGGUUAUCCGAUCGAUCGCUUGCUGUAGAAUUGCUUUAAUUUAGAAAUUCUUCGGCUCUAAUUAUCCAAUCUCGAGCACUUUCCAUUGCUCCUCCGCUCGAGUUGAUGAACUAUUCAUUUUCUUUCUUUUGUGAGUUCGACUCUUUUAGGCUUCGUACAAAUUUCGCGAAGAAAUUAUCGACUAAAAGACACUAAACGCGAGUCGUUACCAAACUCCAAUUUGUAAAAAAAUUGGUUAUUUGGCAGCGACUUGGGACUCGAAUUUUUCGGGGGAAGUCAAAAAUUUUGAAAUCUUUUUGUGCCUCCAAGAAUUCGUCCCUUUUCUUCGAUUUGUCAACAGUUGAUUCUCCGUCUAAACCAAACCUAAUCGUUUCCCUAAAACCGUCCAAACGGCGACGAUUGCUCGUUAUUAAUUGUAAAUAAAUCUCACGCACGCACGAUGUCUCCGCAAGGUUGGAAACGUGGCAAGGAAAGUACGUCCUGCAUUACUACGACGAAUUUAUCGAACGACCCAUCCGUUUCAAAGAAUGUGCAAAUAAGCAGACUCAAUUAAAAUAACAACCGAGCAAUUAUCCUGAUUGCAGCUCCGAACGAACAAUUUGAAUCUCGAGGAUGACUCAAUGACAUCAUUUAUGGAUCUCAUGAGACUACCGAUUACGUGCUAAAUCCACGGUUCCGGGGUACACGUCGCUGAAAUUUGCAACGUUGAAGUGUAACGAAUUUAACGAAAAAAAAACAUUUGCGAUGCACAGAUUUUUAUCUCACGAAAUCAUUGGUGUAGAUUGACAAAACUACGAAUCGCAAAUUCGGCGCAAAAUUGGAGAAUUAUUGGAAUCGCUGGAGAGUUUUUUUACAGAUCAUUUCGUCGGGCUCCAACGUCGCAAAAACUUCAGCGUCAUCCGGGCUAUUUUAUUCGUGGACAAAAUAUCCGUGGCAGGACAACCCUGCAUGAAACACUUGCCAUCAUCACACGCACACGGCUAUCAUCAUCAUCAGCAUCAUCAUCGUAAGCAUCAUCAUCGUCACCAUCCGCGCACUGUCACAUCAGAGCGUAACCCAUGAUAUGAAACUAUGAGCUGAGCUCGACGAAGACGGAAAAAAUUGGGCAAUGACAGGAUGGAAAUCGUAGUUGCCGGAGCUUACUUUUCGUUUUCAUCAAGUUCACGAAACGUCGAAAAAGCAUUGUAUAUAUUGGAGUAUAUAAGAGUGGGGGGCAGGGCUGGCGCGUCCGUUUCGUUUGAAUACUCUGCGUCGAACCGCUACGACUCGUGAUUAGUACAUGGCUCACGGAUCCCUGGACGACGGUUAUUGAGUCCACGAAUGAAAAGUCGUGAUACCGAAACGGCGAUGCGAAGAGGAAAUUCGUGAGCGAGCGACUGGCUUCGUCAGAAAAAUAUUCCGUUCUGUCAUCGCGUUCGACGAUUCCGGCGUUUAUGAGUUUCGGAAAAAAACCGGGACGGGAAAACCCAACUUACCUGAAACAAAAAAAGCGAAUGGAAGGUUAGCCCAAACACGAAAUUACUGGCGCGACGUUUUAUAUGAAAACGGCUCGGGAACGCGAGGAUAUAAUGCAUGAAAUUUUUUUUUUAAUCGUACGAAAGACGACGUGGAACCGUCUCGGAAUACCGGUAAUUCUCGUCGGCCCCGUUCAUGCGCUCAACGACGAAAGUUUCGAGGGUUCGAUCAUUGCACUAUUUAUUGUUGAACGUUUCGUCGGAAAUCGGUGAGUCUGCGGCUUGCACGCUCAUUCAUAAACGGCAAACUUCGACUCACGAAUGUAAAUAAUUGUUGGUUAGAUAGCAUUAAUAAUGGUGAUAAUCAAAAUAAAUAAUUGUAAGCUUUUAGAAGGUAAAUAAAUCCAAGUUUAUGAUGAAAA